CUCGCCUGUCGGACCCAACCAGCUCCCCUGCUUUAGAUAAAGACUGCUGGUAUCACAGCCUGCCCAUCACCGUCUUGGUUUUCUUGUGUAUCGCUAAGACUCCUCCACCAGAGCCUCCUCAUGCUGCCCUCUGGGCAACAGAUGCUGCCACUGCUGUGGUUUCUACUGUGGAUGCCCAAAUUCGGGCUCUCUAGUAACAUAGGCCUGUGGGACAUAUUUGCCAACCCAAAUGAUGUGAACAUACCCUCCCGGUAUACCAGAGCUUGUGAAGGAGUGAACAGGGAAACCACCGAGAAGGAUGCAGAGACCAAUGGUGACUCCUUCAAUGAUGACCUCGCCAUGGAGUCAAUGGUGGACAUCAACAAUGAAAUUUAUCAACAAUUUACAAAGAGCUGGCAAAGCGUGUACAUGGUCUUCAACAAAACAAAUCUCCGGAAAGCUGUGCCUGACCCAUCGUUGCUGUGCUUGGCAGAGUUGAAUAUGAAGAGACAAAGGAAAACCCAUAAGCAGCUACUGAUGCUGUAUGAGAGACAAAGAAAGAAUUCCUGGAACUACCGUAGCCUUCGUUUUCUGACCCACAACGACACAUCAAAUUGGUUGUGGUUUGAUGUCACUGAAGUUGUACGACAGUGGAUAAAACAAAAAUGUAAAUGUUAA